AUGUUUCUCUGUGGAUUAUUUAUUGAUGCACUGGAUUAUUUUGCGCCGAAUGAUAUCACGACAAAGGAGUUCGAGCAACACGUCGCCAACCACGUUAGAAUAGCUAAGGUCCCAACUCCUUUCAUCUCAACCUUCAGGUCCAUGCUUGCACCAGUCCAUAGGGCGAUCAAAUACAAAGAAGGGGCAAUAGUAACCAUGAUUGACUCAAAGAAGCUACAGACCCAAGUGUACUCUGCUAAGAAGCUUCUCCGAAAGGUUGGUUUAAAGGUAGGAAGAUACAAUGGAGCGGGGGAAUUUUUUAUCUGGGGAAAGGUUCAUGAAUCUGCGAUAAUAUCCUCGUUUAAAGUCAGUUCGCUUCUUCAGGUAGCAAGUGAGCAUCCCUAUAUUGAGAGCAUCCUGCAGCUCGACAUUAUUGGGACCUAUGAAAAAGCUGGAAGACCGUUACACCAAGUCCUAGCCAAGGGCCCGGGACAACUUGACCACCAGUCUGGCUCGAUUAUAGGAGAGCUCUUAGCCCGCCUCCAAGUGCCGCAGCAAUAUUGCCAUUCUGUAGGACAAGGCAUAGUGUACUCGUGGCGUUUGAAUACAAAGAAAGGCUCCUGGCAAGAGUUUAUCGAAGGGAUGAAUAGUGGCUAUUCGUCUCUGUCCGAGGUCCACGACCCAGAAAUACCCCUGCCUGCCAUCUUGGACCCAGAUGAGCUAGAUCCUCUCGAGCCAUCUUCGGAUGAAGACACCGUAACCGAGGGGGAAUCAUCGCCAGAUAAUGAUGAUCAGGAGAGUGACGACGAUUCAAGAGCUGACACGCCUUGUCCGGUAGGACUGCCUACGAGGGCUGCGUUGCCACCUAUCGAGCUCUUCGACGGUCACAAUAGAAGGUGGAUAGCGCAAGAAGACCACACAAGGGAAGAGAUUAUAAUUGAUGAAUCUAGCACCGAAGAUGAGGCUAUUGAUGAUGUCUUCACAACGGUUGCCUUCUCAAACAUCUUGUUCAAUACAAAUACAGUCGAUAACGCCGAGAGCGCUACUUCAACGAAUUCCGAGCCGGAGUUCAUCAACUCUCGUCAUCAACCAGUGGUAGGGGACCAAUUUGCGAGUGAUAGAGCGAGAGUCAACCAAAUUUUGAAUUGA